AAAGAACAAAUGCUGAUGUAAAUGCACUCAAUCUGGCAACCACGUGGUGGGCUAGAUUAAAACAUCCCACCCACACGAGCAUCCUCAGCAUCACUGACACCGGAUUGAGGAAACUGACGCGCCGGUUUUAAAGCGCGUGAACGUGUUGCGCUCGAGCUUUAUUCCAGUGUUCAUCCUCCAGCUCGUGCAGCCAUGAAGCAGCAGCAGCAUCUUCAUCAUCUUCAUAAUCAUCACCUCCAUCUUCUGCUUCUUCCUCCUCAUCAUCUGUUGCUCUUGGCCGUGCUCGUCGUGCUGGAGCCGCGCGAGUUGGCGGCGUGGGGCGCGAACGUGAAGUACGCGGUGAAUUGCCCCGAGCGGUGCGACCCCACACGCUGCGGCCUGCCUCGCUGCGCGCGCACUGUGCUGGACGACUGCGGCUGCUGCCGUGUGUGCGCCGCGCGCCGUGGUGAGCACUGCUACCGCACCGUGUCCGGAGCGCACGGCGUCAAGUGCGGCCCGGGCCUCUACUGCGACUUCUACAAGGACGAGGACGAGUACGGAGACGAGUACGGCGUGUGCAGAGACUGCAUGUACGGGACUUACGGGGUCGAGUGUCGUCAAACCUGUAACUGUAAGGCUGGAGGACUGUGUGACAGAGAGACAGGCGUCUGUCUCACCUUCAAAUUCUUCUCUAAAAUGACCAACGCGCUCAAGACACACGAGGGUAAUGAGGUGGCGUCAGGUGACGGAAACAACAACAACAACAGCAGCAGCAGCAACGCCGGAGAAGGACACACGGAGCGAUCGUCCACUCCGAAAUGGCUCGCACCUCGCUGACACGCACUCGCCUCCGUCUCGACUCGGACAGUCCGCAUGUAGCAUAAUAAAUUAAAAAGAAAUGACAGAGGGAUAUAUUUUAAUAUGUUUAAAAAAAUAGAUUCAUAUUCUAUCAAAGCUUUUCUUUUUUUUUCUACUCUAUUAUAUAAUGACUGGAUUUAACCGACCUGUUCUGUCUCUCAGACAACAUUUACACUACAUAGCUGUCCAGGUCUUAAUUCCGAUCGGUCAGAAGAUGUCGAUUAGUUUAUUAUAAAUCAUUUUCCCUCCAGGAUUUCACGAUUCCUCAGGAUUCACAGGAAUGAAUGCAAAUUCAAACCAACUCUUAUGAUAUCCUGAGAAAGUUUCUCUGUGAUUCUUAAAAAUGACGCAGAUUUUCCUCAGUCGUGUUACGAGACGCGCCGUGUGACGUCACAACGCUCGAUUUCCUCCUCCGUUCAGCACCGUAGGAAGUCUGAUUGAUAAACUGAUUGUGAUAUUAGAUUAGAUUAGACUAGAUUGUUUGUAUAGUAACAGCUCACUGAGAGGAAGUGGUACAUGCAUAACUGUUGGUAUGGUGAAGCUUUUCUGAUUGAGGAAAUGUUUGUUCAAAAUGGAUGGAAGGAGUCUCCAGUGUCGGUGCUCCGUAACGGUCGGAGGUGAAGCUGGAACUUUUCUGGGCUUUGGCAUGAAGAAUAUUUAUUGGAAACAGAGUCGAAAAGGAAUAAACAUAUCACUAAAACACCAGCUCUGUCAUAGAUAGAUAGAUAGAUAGAUAGAUAGAUAGAUAGAUAGAUAGAUAGAUAGAUAGAUAGAUAGAUAGAUAGA